CUGCAGAGCGGCGGCAGCACCGGGAGUGACUCGGAGAGGGGAGGAGAAGAGGAGGAAAAGAAAUCGGAUUGCCGAAAGGAUUAGGAAGUGGGGUGGGGAGCCGAAGCUCUCUCCCUCCCUCCCUCCCCGCACACAUUUGUGAAGCUUUUCAGAGUCACCCUUCAGCAUCAGUACCGGUGGGCGACCCGCGGGAGCCGCGACAGCGGAAGGUGCUCGGCAAACUGCAAGAGCGAUCAGAGGGAGCGGAGUGGCCCGGGCCGGCGGACCCUGCCCGGCCCCUGCCUGCGGGACACCGCAGUUCCCGGCUCCGGUGGCUUAUAUAUAUAUCAGAUACAUAUAUUUCUACGUUUUUACUGCUCCUCUCGGAGGACAGGAUUUGGAGCAUUAAGGGCGGGCGUGCUGCCAGACCGCCUGCCCUGGACGUGCGAGGUGGGGAGAGAGGAAGGGAGAGAUGCGUCUGAUUAGAGGGAAGGUCGUGCUCAUCCUCGGAUUCGUCUUCCUGACAACUUUCCUGGCUACGGUGAGAGGGCUGCCCGUGAGGGGGAAACCGCGCGGCAGUACCCCGAAGGAGAGGAGCUCCAAGCUGGCGGAGGUGUCAGCGUCACCCGGCCCGCGCUCCGCAGGGCACGAGGAGCUGUCCCCGCCGGGCAGGCCGCGGGGGCUGCGGCGCAGCGGGCAGGCCGGCCCGCGCCGGCACAGGCGCCGAGGGCUGCCUCAGCCGGCUGCCAGGAGCCCUGUGCUGCCCCAGCCCAGUGCUGCUGGCCAGGAGGAGAGCCUGCCCUUCAUGCUGGACCUGCAGAACUUGCCGGGGCUGGCCAACGUGGACCUGAGUGCCCAGAACCCCAACAUCCAGGUGACCAUUGAAGUGGUGGAUGAUCCUCAGGCUGAGAUGGAGAUGGACUUGUUGAAGGAGACAAGCAAUGACUGGUCUCUGACAUCCUCUGAGUGGCUAUCUCACAAGGACCUAUUCUGGCCCCUCUUCUGGGAAUACACUGACCCUGCUGAGGGAGAGGAGGAGGAGGAAGAUGAAGAGGAGGAGGAAGAGGAGGAAGAGGAUGACAACCUGGAUGUAGGGGACAGGGAAGAAGAAGAAGAGGAUGAUGAUGAAGAGGAAGAUUACACAACAGAUUAUGAGGAGGAGUCCAUGCUUAGUGGAGUAGGUGGUAACUGGGACCAACCAUGGCCCGGGCAGAAAAACUGGAUCUUUAAGGAAAAAUACAAUUACGACUAUGAAGAUGAGGAGGAGUGGAGCCCAUGGUCCCCUUGCAGCAUCACCUGUGGCAGUGGCAACCAGAAGAGGACCCGCUCCUGUGGCUAUGCCUGCACAGCGACAGAGUCGAGGACCUGCGAUCUGACACACUGCCCUGGAGCAGAAGAAGAGAUGGUCUUCCCCACAGAGGAGACGCCUUUCAAAAGCGACAACACCACAGAGCUGUUCAACUCAGAGGUGGACAGCUGCGAGAAGUGGCUGAACUGCAAGAGCGACUUCCUCACCAAGUACCUGAGCAAGGUGCUGACGGACCUGCCCAGCUGCCCCUGCUCCUACCCGCUGGAGGCCGUCUACAGCGCCGUCAACCUGCGCGACGAGCAGCGGGGCAAGAGUGGCUGCCCAGCACUGCUGCUACGACGAGCACACCCGCCUCAUCACCCGCGGCAAGGGCGCCGGCGUCCCCAACCUCAUCAGCACCGAGUUCUCUCCGGAGCUGCACUACAAGGUGGACAUGCUGCCCUGGAUCCUCUGCAAGGGGGACUGGAGCCGCUAUCAUGCCGUCCGGCCCCCCAACAAUGGCCAGCGCUGUGCUGACAACCCCGCCGAGGAGGAGUACCUGUCCCAGCUGCAGGAGGCCAAGGAGUACUAGCACAGCCACUCUCAAAAGGGCCAUCACCGCCACUGGCUGAGUCCCUGUGCAGCCUGGCCAGCCCUGCCCUGCCCGUGGGCUCCUCAGCGGUGCCAGGCAAAACGGGGAGGAUGUGCCACCUGUCUCAUGCCCUCAGAGGAGUCUCCUCCGAUUUCUGAGGGUGCUGGAGGUUCUUAGGGUGCAGGCCCUGCCGUUCCACCCAGGGCAGUCCUGCAGCCCAGGGCUCCUGGCCUGGCAUGUGGAAAGCAGCAGGGGCUGGGAGGUAUAAAGGGAGCAAGGGGCUGCUCCUGUCUGCUUUUGUUCUCUAUGACCUUCCAAUGCAGCCUGAAAGCUGAGCACAGGGUGAAGAGGGCUCAGCUCCUGCUGGAUUCAGACCACACCUGAGGAGCUGCUGCAGGCAUGGCUGCCUGCUCUGGUCUGUACACCUGCCCUGGUUUAUGUCUGAAACUGGGGAUAAGUCUUCUAGAGAGUGCAGGGCUGUUCCAGCCAGGCAUACAGAGCCAGGCCCCCCAUCCUUGGGUUUGUGCAUGCAUGGUUGGGAAGGAGCAGGGAAAGGAUUAUGGAUCUAUGGGUCUGGGGGAGUGGGCUGGAGGGGCACUGGCUGCCUGAGCUUGCUUGGCAAGAUUGCCUAGGCACCAGGGUUUUGGCUGCCAAAGCUACACAUAGGUGGACCUCAGAGGAGGUCAGCAUGGGGAUGCCACCUUGUGUGCAUUUCAGCCCCUCUGCUGUGGUUCUUGGAGGACCAGGGUGGUAGCAUCUGGGCAAGUCACAGCACUAGCCCUCUCCCAGACCUUGGCCCCUUGGCAGUCCCCAGAGGGUCUCAGGAGCACCUGUGACACAGCCCAAAAGAAAGUCCUGUGUUUCCCACUCACAGCCACUACUCAUGCCAUUGCUGGUGAGGAGCAAAAAGCACUGAGCCAAGCUAGCCCUGCUCCAUGCUGAGUCUGCCCAUGGCCCCAGCUGCUCCAGUCUGUGUCUCCCCAGGUUCCCACAUGGAGGCAGCCCAGACAAACCGAGCCAUGGACCCCUCGGGCUCGCUUCCAGGCCCGGCUCACAAGUGUGGCUCCAGAGGAGGAAGACACACGUGCUAAUAAUGUCAAUAGCUGGUGUCCACAGAUAGGGAUCGUGAUGCUCUCUGUUGACACUUUGAUCUUGCCUGGGUUUUAUUCAGCUUUUCACAGGUCCAUGGCAGUGUCUCCCAGCAUAUUUUGGAAGCUUUUCUGCAGAGAAACUAGGCUGAGCACCUUUGUCCCUGGACAUUCAGUUGCUAAACUGGCAGAAAAUUUAUAGCUUUUAUUUAAGAAAUUUUAUACAUCAGGGGAAAUAAAAGUCAAGCACACAUAAAGAAGAAUAGAGUCAUUUCUACUCUAGAGGUUUCAUGCAAGGCUGCUAUCUACUUCAUGUACUUCUGCAGGGCACUGUUGAAUGAAAAAACUGGUUGCAGAGGUCCUUAGUUGACCAUCCUGUACUGUCUGUCCUUUUUACAGGAGCUUUCUCCAGCCUCAGUGAAUAUUCUUGGUCUGAAAGCUCUUUGGGGAGUCUUUCUGGGAGUGUCUUUGUAUCUGUUGUGUGUAUGUUGAUCCAUUUGCCUUGGUCACUGAUAGAAUAUUGCAUCCUUGGUCAUCCAUACCUAAGACUUCAUAGCUGGUAAAACAGAAGUAUUAAUGAAGUUAUCGCUGAAUUAUUCUUACUCAACUGUUAUUACACCCUCGUAUCCCUAGAGUCUGGAUAUGGGUUCUAUCAAAAUACAGGCAGACAUCAUCCAUUUCCCAACAGACAUGCAGUCUGAGAUGCCCUGUGUUCUGUGAAUGGUGAGAAGGAAGAGAACCAGAUAAGCAUGGAUGGAGACCUUGGAACAUUUCCAUGAUCACUGCAUGUUCCCUGGCCAAAUGGUCAUUCAUUCACUAGUUUCUGGCAAAGAGGUAGGUCAUGCAGAGGUGGUCAGGAGGGGUGACAGUGAUCUGGUGGCUUGGUUCUGGGAGCCAGGGAGCCUCAGCAAGAGACAUGGAAGCAAAGGAAGCCAUGAGCGUCUGAAGCCAUGGAAGGAUGAGCUUGUGAGCUGCAGUCAUUCAGCAGAGCAUAUUUCUAUUUGCAUGCUGUAUGGCAUCAUUAACUUCACCAAACUCCCAGUGGAGUUUAUUUACCAUCAGUGCAGACUUCUUUAAAGAACCUCCUGUUGAAUGUGCCUAGUGUUCAGUAUUGGACCCAAGCAUGGAAGCAGGACUUUUACAAACAAUCUUUCUGGAAGAAGGCUUGCAAAAGCUCAGCCAAUUUGUUUGUUAGACUGGCUGCUCUCUAUGGAAGUGCUCUUACAGUGAGAACGUUACCCAGGAUUUUUACUCUCCUCUUUACUCUGGCUAUGUCAACCAGUCUAACCCCCAGAAAAAAACCUUGUAAUUUCUGUAAGAACUGGAGUUCCUGUCCAAGGGCAAGUAAAAAAAUUUCUUGCAUUGAUACUCCCCCCUUCCCUGACAUCCCCACAAAAGCUAGUUGAGAGGCAAGUAGCUGUUCUGCUUUGCUGCCUCUGUGUUUUGGACAAUACAGGCAUGAACUGGAGCAUGAGAAACAAGCACUGUUGUUCCUCAUACAAGCACCUUACUCACCGUGAGGCUCUGCAGAACACCAUGAGAAGAGUCGUCAUUAAGCAAGUGUUUAUUUUUUUAUCCCAUCAAAGAUUCUGUCCAGCCCACUGCUAUUUAAGUGAUGAAUCUCUAAGCUUUCACUCCUUAAGUUUAUUGGGUUUUUAUAUAUAUAUAAUAUAUAUAUAAUGUCUUUUAUUCCUACAAAAUUUCACAGAGAAGAAUUCUUUAAUCUGAUGCUGCAAUAAAGCACUUUAUAUAUGUAUAUGUCAUGCUGAUGUCAUUCAGUUGUGACUGAAGCAUGUGUUGCUAUUUGUUUUGGUUGAGAGGGAUCAUGCUAUGUUAACACUCUCUGUCUUGGGUUCCCAGCCCCAGCUGGGGCCCUGGUGGCUUUGCUUCCUUCCCUUAACGUUUGCAUUUGAACUUGUCUGGCUGCAAAGAAGGUAAGAAAGACUAUCUGGAGCCCAUGGGAUAUGUGAAGUUCUGCUUUCAGGGCAGGGAACCUCCUACAAGAAGACCCUCAGGGUCAGUGCUGAGAAGCAAAUACAUUGCCUGUGCCCCAGCCCUGACCUUGGGUUUUAUUCCAUGGUCAGCCUGGCCAGAGCUGGGUACUGGCUGAUGGUCCAGCACACCAUAGCAGGGGGAAAAACCCAGCACCAUCCCAGCUAAAAAACUGAUUUGGCAAACCACCUCCAGAGCCAGCAGCUAAUUAUAGCAGGGGGGUUUGCAAAGCUUUCUAGGGAUAACGACUUUUUGUUGCUGUUAAUUUAGUGUGUAAAUCAUAAACACUUCCAAGCUCUUGCUGUUUCCAGCUGUUUCCUGUCCUCUCUUUCUCCUUUUGCUUUGUGCUGGCUGCACAUCUGUCAAGGGUUAAUCUGCUACUCUAGCAUGGGACUCUGC